UUUUGCCCAGCUUAGCUUUGGCUCGGCAUUCAUACGCCCCAACCCAACCGUCGUUUCUCCAUUAAAGACGCCGAAGGGACGCAUCACGGCUCCCUGCCUCCUACGAAUCGAACUCUCGCCUUCUUGUUGAGCCCGUUCUAAUCAUCAAUUAACAUUGGAAGCAGACACCAUUGCGUCCUUUUUCUCCUUCCCGCUUGCUUAAAACCCAGAGAAGAAGGGGAUAAUUGGAGAAAAUAAGGUGAAAAUUUUCAUAAUUUCUUGGGUGAAUACCAUCCCAAGAGAAUGGAAAAGAGAGGGGGGAGAGAGUGAAAGGACUCACGGUAGAGGUUUCCUUUUGGGCUCUUGGAGGGCAACUGGGUGGUCAGGAAGUCUACAGAGAGAGAGAGAGAGAGAGAGGAAAAAAGGGUGGAGCCCAAGAGGUCAGAGCUCUGUAGUCCUCUCUCAAAUUCUGGAGUUGUGGGUGAGGAGAAAGAGACGCUAGUAGAAGGAGAGGCAGUGGUCGCCCAAAGCGCGUGUUGGGUUGCGGAGGAGACCAAAUUGAAGCAGUCAUCCCCAUGGAAAAAAAAAUCGCCAUAAACUGUUGAGGGGCGAAGUCACCACCCUCUUUUGAAGGAUGAGGUGUUUCUUUUACUUCAAAGAUAAAUUCAAAGGCCGGAAGCAGCCGAAAUCUUCGCCCACCACUGGUUUGGUGCUCGUCUCAUCGCCGACCUCGAACAACGAUGGAAGCAGGUCGGAGGGUUCGGGUGCGGCGAAGCAGCAGAGCAAGUCCUCAGGCUCGGUCUCCUCACAGCGUAGCAUCCCGGAGUUGUACGAGGAAAGGGCCCACAAUCUGCGUGUUUUCGAGCUCAAGGAGCUAAGGAAUGCUACUAAUGAUUUCAGCAGGUUGCUCAAGAUUGGGGAGGGUGGCUUCGGAAGUGUGUACAAGGGUUGGAUCAAGCCUCUUGAUGGGAAGGGAGAUAACAUUGUCGUAGCGGUGAAGAAACUUAACCCAAAUAGCUUGCAGGGGCAUAAACAAUGGUUAGCAGAAGUUCAGUUUCUUGGAGUUGUUGAACACCCAAAUCUUGUGAAACUCAUUGGAUACUGUGCUGUUGAUGGCGAAAGAGGAGCCCAGAGGCUGUUGGUCUACGAGUUUGUGCCUAACAGGAGUCUAGAAGAUCACUUAUUCAAUAAAGCUUACCCUUCUCUUCCAUGGAACAUAAGACUGCAGAUAGCUUUGGGUGCAGCAGAAGGGUUGGUGUAUCUGCACGAGGGUUUGGAAGUUCAGGUGAUAUAUCGUGAUUUUAAAGCAUCUAAUGUGCUGUUAGAUGAGGAAUUCAAACCAAAACUGUCUGACUUUGGGUUAGCAAGGGAAGGACCAACAGGAGGGAACACUCAUGUAUCCACAGCGGUGAUGGGAACUUAUGGGUAUGCAGCCCCAGACUACGUUGAGACUGGCCAUCUUACAGCUAAGAGCGACGUAUGGAGUUUUGGGGUGGUGUUGUAUGAGAUCCUCACUGGUAGGCGCUCCAUGGAGAGAAACCGCCCAAGAAAUGAACAGAAACUCUUAGAUUGGGUGAAGCAAUUUCCUGUUGAGGGCAGGAGGUUUAGCAUGAUUAUGGACCCAAGACUCGAAAACAAGUAUUCUCUGAGGGCUUCUCGGGAAAUUGCCAAGCUGGCUAACAGCUGUCUCUCCAAGCAUGCCAGAGAACGUCCAAAGAUGAUAGAGGUGUUAGAAAGUCUAAAACAAGCAAUGCAACAUAAGGAAUUGGAUGGGUGUGUGGAAUCAAUAGAGGGGAAUUCUCCGACCAAUUCGGACAAUGAGGAGAAAACUGAGCAGGAAGCUGGUUUGAAAUCCUCAACAAGGCGAAUGCUUCACCUUGCUAAGCUGAGGGAGAGUGCAAAUGCUAUUGGCAGGAGAAGAUUUAUGUUGAUGAAGGCUGCCAAUCCAACAUAAUCCAUUCUCUGGUGUUGAUUCAUUCUUGCUUCAAAUGUUAUGUGACAAGAUGAUAAGGUCCUCCUUGUUAGGGUGUACAUCGGAUCCGGUGCAGAAGUAGAUUCAGGAUUAUUGCCUCAAUCUGAUCUGUAUUUUUUGAUGAGGUUUAGUAGUUUUGGAGAAUGACAACUUUGGGCCAACAAGAAACAAGAAAAAGCCCUGCAGUAAAAGGAAAGAAUUCAUAUGGAGAGAACAGAGACAUUUCAAAAGUGGUCAAAACUAGCGUUCAGAGUAUUGUAGUCAUUCUUGCAGUGAGAUGUGGCUUAUAGAUCGGAGGAUCAGAAUCAUCGUUCCCAUCCCCUUUUGCAGAAAAAACCUUAUUAAUAUCACUUCUUGUCUCUAUAAGCAUUGUUUCUUGUUGAUGUAUAUCUAGUCUCACUUAUAAGUGCAGCUGAUAAAUAGUUGUGCAUUAUGAAGAGGGCUAUUUCUAGAUAUGGGUUUAUAACAAGGGUGCCACUCCUACCAGAUACAUUGCUUUAAAAAUUUGCAAACGUGCAUGAUUACUUGUGA